AUGCCUGCACACUCUGCAAUCUCAAGGACGUCUACAGGCUCGGAAGCGAGGGAGGGCAUGAGGCGGCGAAUCCAGCUGGCUCAGCCAUGCGGGGAGGCAGGGGCGGAGGGCAGAGGUGGGGAAGGUAGAGAGGGGGAAGGUUACAGAGGCAGAAGCGGGUCUGAUGCACAGCCCGGGAGACAAGGGGUUUGCGCAGAGCCUGGGGGGGUUGGUAGGGCUGGGUUUGGAAACACAGUGCCAGCACGGGAGGAGGCAGAAUUAAGGUGCGGGAGUGGUGCAGAACGGUGCAACGAGGCGCAGAGAGUGGGGCUGCGUCUGCAAGGGGAGCAUGCAACAGAGCUGGACCGCAGGUUGGAGGCAGCCCUACGGUCCGGUGACCACACAGCAGCGCUGCGGGUGAACGAGGCGAUUAUCAGAAGGGAGAGCGCGCGCCGGCAGAGACAGGCAGAAUGGCACAUGCAGCUUGCAGCGAGCUUGCAGGAGCAGGAAUCGGCGCGGCGCAAGAAACGGCAGCGGCUGAAUUGGGGGAUGGAUGUGCUGCGCAAGUCAGAAGGGAAGGGCAACAUCGUCGUCCGCGCCUUCACGGAGUUGACUUUUGAGUCCGCGCCUUCACGGAGUCAACUCGUCCGCGCCUUCACGGAGCUCGCACCCUCCAUCCAAUAUCCCGUCCCCAUCUCCCCACCUUCUCCCCUUUUCCCCCGCCUCUCCCGCCUCAACCCCAUUCCCCUUUCCUCCCCUUCCCCCACCUUCUUCCCCCACCCCCCCCCCCUCUCCCCGCGCUCCGCCUUCCCCCGACCUCCAGGGGACGUGGUGAGUUGCGGCGUGGACCGCGCGUUCACGGAGCUGGCGGAGUUGGAUAAGUCGCCCGGGAGCGACGGGCGGCAGGUGAUCAACGUGCCCGAGCUCUACACCGGCAUCCUCAUUGUCUACGACAAAGUGAACCAGCUGGUGCCGGGGAUGCACAUCAAACCGCCCUCCAAGAAGCAAGUUCUUCAGCUCGUGCAGGAUUACGACAUCAACCACGACGGCGUGUUGGACAGGGAGGAGUUUGGCAAGCUCGUGCGACACUUCGCACGCACUGUCGUGGCGCGAGUGCUGAUCAACGUCCUUCUCAUCUUCUCUCUCGUUCCCUUGGUGGUGUCGAUUGCUAGCAACCUGGCGGAAACGUUUGGAUGGGAACUACCUGAAGCGAUCGCUGCAACUGUGCUCACAUUGCUCGUAAAAAUGGUUGGAGUGUGA